AUGAUUGCUCAUAGUGAAAGAAGAAGUGUAGAUGAUUAUUAUGAUAUUCCACGUGGCGAGGAAUGCAAACAACUCGUAGAACAAUUAAAUCGCAACUUAUUUACGAUAAAUUCGGGACUUCAAGGAACUCUCAAGCAAAUGACGCAUUUAGACAGUAGAAUUGGUCAUGAAAUAGUUUCGCUAAGUUCAUGCCUUCAAGAAAAUUUGUCAAAAUGCACAACUUCUUAUGCUCCACACGAAGAACAGCUCGUGCAACUCGAUACAGCCAAAAGAAAUCUGAAAAAGUUGACGAGUUUACUGGAGGCUCGCGCGAUUUUCGAUUCUGAAGAUGGGCAAACUGAAAAGCUGAAAAAUCGUGCAAUUGACGAUUCGCUGCUCCCAACAUUGGUGGCGAUUGGUGAGAAUUUGAGGAUUAUUCGAGAACUUGGCGCGAAGCCAAGAUUUGAUGCUGAAAGCUUUCAUCAGACGAAAGAUCGAUAUUUGACGUGGAAAGGGACGGAAUUUGCGAUGAAAUUUGAUGGGGGAUUGGAUGAGAUUUAUGAGGCUUUUGCCACGUUGAAUUCGGUGGAAGGUGAGCGAAGAGCGCGGAAGCUUCCGCUUUAGCUGCCACGUGGUUUGGUAUGAUAUGGCAAACGUCAUAGUAAACCACGUGGCCGCUGACGCGGAAGCUUGCGGUUUACACUCGCUCCGCUCGAGGCAUUGCUCAGGUUAACAUCGAGCGGAGCGAGUGUAGACCGCAAGCUUCCGCGCAGCGGCACUAUCUUCCGCUUUAGCGGCCACGUGGUUUACUAUGAUAUGGAAAACGUCCUAGUAAACCACGUGGCCGCUGAAGCGGAAGCUUGCGGUUUACACUCGCUGCGCUCGAGGCAUUGCUCAUAUUGAAGUCGAGUGCGGAAGCGCGAGUGUAGACCGCAAGCUUCCGCUUUAGCUGCCAUGUGGUUUAGUAUGAUAUGGCAAACGUCAUAGUAAACCACGUGGCCGCUGACGCGGAAGCUUGCGGUUUACACUCGCUGCGCUCGAGGCAUUGCUCAUAUUGAAGUCGAGUGCGGAAGCGCGAGUGUAGACCGCAAGCUUCCGCUUUAGCUGCCAUGUGGUUUAGUAUGAUAUGGCAAACGUCAUAGUAAACCACGUGGCCGCUGACGCGGAAGCUUGCGGUUUACACUCGCUCCGCUCGAGGCAUUGCUCAGGUUAACAUCGAGCGGAGCGAGUGUAGACCGCAAGCUUCCGCGCAGCGGCACUAUCUUCCGCUUUAGCGGCCACGUGGUUUACUAUGAUAUGGAAAACGUCCUAGUAAACCACGUGGCCGCUGAAGCGGAAGCUUGCGGUUUACACUCGCUGCGCUCGAGGCAUUGCUCAUAUUGAAGUCGAGUGCGGAAGCGCGAGUGUAGACCGCAAGCUUCCGCUUUAGCUGCCAUGUGGUUUAGUAUGAUAUGGCAAACGUCAUAGUAAACCACGUGGCCGCUGACGCGGAAGCUUGCGGUUUACACUCGCUGCGCUCGAGGCAUUGCUCAUAUUGAAGUCGAGUGCGGAAGCGCGAGUGUAGACCGCAAGCUUCCGCUUUAGCUGCCAUGUGGUUUAGUAUGAUAUGGCAAACGUCAUAGUAAACCACGUGGCCGCUGAAGCGGAAGAUAGUGCCGCUGACGCGGAAGCAUGCGGCCUACACUCGCUCCGCUCGAGACAUUGCUCAGGUUAACAUCGAGCGGAGCGAGUGUAGACCGCAAGCUUCCGCGCAGCGGCACUAUCUUCCGCUUUAGCCGCCACGAGGUUUACUAUGAUAUGGCAAACGUCCUAGUAAACCACGUGGCCGCUGAAGCGGAAAAUAGUGCCGCUGACGCGGAAGCUUGCGGUUUACACUCGCUCCACUCGAAGCAUGGCUCAGAUUAAAAUCGAGCGCGGAGCCGCGAGUGUAGACCGCAAGCUUCCGCGCAGCGGCACUAUCUUCCGCUUUAGCUGCCACGUGGUUUAGUAUGAUAUGGUAAACGUCAUAGUAAUCCACGUGGCCGCUGAAGCGGAAGAUAGUGCCGCUGACGCGGAAGCUUGCGGUCUACACUCGCUCCGCUCGAAGCAUUGCUCAUAUUAAAGUCGAGUGCGGAAGCGCGAGUGUAGACCGCAAGCUUCCGCUUUAGCUGCCAUGUGGUUUAGUAUGAUAUGGCAAACGUCAUAGUAAACCACGUGGCCGCUGACGCGGAAGCUUGCGGUUUACACUCGCUCCGCUCGAGGCAUUGCUCAGGUUAACAUCGAGCGGAGCGAGUGUAGACCGCAAGCUUCCGCGCAGCGGCACUAUCUUCCGCUUUAGCGGCCACGUGGUUUACUAUGAUAUGGAAAACGUCCUAGUAAACCACGUGGCCGCUGAAGCGGAAGCUUGCGGUUUACACUCGCUGCGCUCGAGGCAUUGCUCAUAUUGAAGUCGAGUGCGGAAGCGCGAGUGUAGACCGCAAGCUUCCGCUUUAGCUGCCAUGUGGUUUAGUAUGAUAUGGCAAACGUCAUAGUAAACCACGUGGCCGCUGACGCGGAAGCUUGCGGUUUACACUCGCUGCGCUCGAGGCAUUGCUCAUAUUGAAGUCGAGUGCGGAAGCGCGAGUGUAGACCGCAAGCUUCCGCUUUAGCUGCCAUGUGGUUUAGUAUGAUAUGGCAAACGUCAUAGUAAACCACGUGGCCGCUGACGCGGAAGCUUGCGGUUUACACUCGCUGCGCUCGAGGCAUUGCUCAUAUUGAAGUCGAGUGCGGAAGCGCGAGUGUAGACCGCAAGCUUCCGCUUUAGCUGCCAUGUGGUUUAGUAUGAUAUGGAAAACGUCCUAGUAAACCACGUGGCCGCUGAAGCGGAAGCUUGCGGUUUACACUCGCUGCGCUCGAGGCAUUGCUCAUAUUGAAGUCGAGUGCGGAAGCGCGAGUGUAGACCGCAAGCUUCCGCUUUAGCUGCCAUGUGGUUUAGUAUGAUAUGGCAAACGUCAUAGUAAACCACGUGGCCGCUGACGCGGAAGCUUGCGGUUUACACUCGCUGCGCUCGAGGCAUUGCUCAUAUUGAAGUCGAGUGCGGAAGCGCGAGUGUAGACCGCAAGCUUCCGCUUUAGCUGCCAUGUGGUUUAGUAUGAUAUGGCAAACGUCAUAGUAAACCACGUGGCCGCUGAAGCGGAAGAUAGUGCCGCUGACGCGGAAGCAUGCGGCCUACACUCGCUCCGCUCGAGACAUUGCUCAGGUUAACAUCGAGCGGAGCGAGUGUAGACCGCAAGCUUCCGCGCAGCGGCACUAUCUUCCGCUUUAGCCGCCACGAGGUUUACUAUGAUAUGGCAAACGUCCUAGUAAACCACGUGGCCGCUGAAGCGGAAAAUAGUGCCGCUGACGCGGAAGCUUGCGGUUUACACUCGCUCCACUCGAAGCAUGGCUCAGAUUAAAAUCGAGCGCGGAGCCGCGAGUGUAGACCGCAAGCUUCCGCGCAGCGGCACUAUCUUCCGCUUUAGCUGCCACGUGGUUUAGUAUGAUAUGGUAAACGUCAUAGUAAUCCACGUGGCCGCUGAAGCGGAAGAUAGUGCCGCUGACGCGGAAGCUUGCGGUCUACACUCGCUCCGCUCGAAGCAUUGCUCAUAUUAAAGUCGAGCGCGGAAGCGCGAGUGUAGACCGCAAGCUUCCGCGUCAGCGGCCACGCGGUUUACUAUGAUAUGGCAAACGUCAAAGUAAACCACGUGGACGCUGCCGCGGAAGCUUACGGUAACCCUAAGGAUCUUAGGAGUCAUCUAGGGACUUUAGAAACCUCCCCAUAGACCUCAAGAGCUUUAAAAACCUACUUAGGGAUCUUAAUGACCUUCCUAAAGACCUUACGGAUCUUCGAAAUCAACUGCUAGACCUUCUAUAACCUUAAGGACCUUUAAAAUAUACCUAAGAACUUUAAAAACAUCUCUAAGGACCUUAAGGACCUUAGAAAUCAUCUAGAGACCUCAAAAAACCUCCCUAAACCCCCUAUUUUCUUCUAGAUUUCUACCGUCUUUAUCAAUACCAUAUCGAUCAAUCACUCAGCUCAUUACUACAAAAAGUCUCCGCUCCAGAACUCGAUGAAAAACCGAAAUCCAUCAAAAUUUGGGGUCAACAAUUCUUGGCUCAAGCUGCUGAGCAUUUUCGAGCUCAUUUGGCGUCGAUUUGUAAAUAUUGUGAUGAAAAUGAGGGAUUUGAGAAGCUUUUAGAGGCUUGGAAAACAUUUUUGAAAAAUGGGCAAAUGGAAAAAGUGAUGGAAAUGGCUAUGGAUGAAUAUCUGGAUUAUCAAUUGUUGAAUGAUUUGAAAUCGGUGAGGAUUUUGGGUUGAAAAUGCGAAAAUUUGGGAAAAAAUGAUGGUUUUUGAGCUGAAUUCGUAGAUUUUUGCAUGCGUUGCGUGUGCGGUCCGGUUUUUGACUCCAAAAUUGAAAAAGUUCGAUUUUCGCGCUAAAACCAUAUGGCCUAGCUUUCCACAAUCCUAGGCCACGUCUAUGUUUAGCGGUAAAAUAGAAGUUUUCAAAAAAAAAAUAUUCAUAAACUAAUGUUUCCCGAAAAUCCACAUGGCCUAACUUUCUAAAAUCCUCGGCCACGUCUAUUUUUAGCGCUAAAAUAGAAGUUUUCAAAAAAUUAUUUGAAUAUUCAAAUUUUCGCGCUAAAAAACCACGUGGCCUAACUAUCUAAAAACCUCGGCCAUGUCUAUUUUUAGAGCUAAAAUUGAGGUUUUCACAAAAAAUAGUUUGAAUAUUCAAAUUUUCGCGCUUAAAAACCACGUGGCCGAACUUUCUAAAAACCUCGGCCACGUCUAUUUCUAGCGCUAAAAUACAAUUUUUCAAAAAAUACUUUGAAUAUUCAAAUUCUCGCGCUUUAAAAUCACAUGGCCUAGCUUUUCAAAAACCUCGGCCACGUCUAUUUUUAGCGCUAAAAUAGAAGUUUUUAAAAAAUUAUUUGAAUAUUCAAAUUUUCGCGCUUAAAAAUCACAUGGCCUAACUUUUCAAAAACCUAGGCCAUGUCUAUUUUUAGCGCUAAAAUAGAGGUUUUCAAAAAAUUAUUUGAAAAUUUGGAAUUUCGCGCUUAAAAAUCACGUGGCCUAACUUUCUAAUAACCUCGGCCAUGUCUAAUUUUGAUGCCAAAAUAGAGGUUUUCAAAAAAAAAAUAGUUUGAAUAUUCAAAUUUUCGCGCUAAAAAACCACGUGGCCUAACUUUCUAAAAACCUCGGCCACGUCAAUUUUUAGCGCUAAAAUAGAGGUUUUCAAAAAAAAUUAUUUGAAUAUUAAAAUUUUCGCGCUCUAAAAUCACAUGGCCUAGCUUUUCAGAAUCCUAGGCCAUAUCGAAUUCAACUUAUUUGGUCUCAAAAAAUCCCAUUUUUGCAGCUUCUCAUCGAUUCUGAAGAGGAUUCCACCGAAUCGCCUGAAAAUAUCGAAAAAAUCCUGAUUUCUGGAAUUCUGGAGUCUGCAAAAUCUCCGCUGGCCUCAAAAUUAUCAAAAAUGCUCGAAAAUCCUCCGUUCAAUUUUGCGAAAAUCGUCGAAAUUUCCACAAAUCUCGAAAAUUUCUUGUAUUUUCUCCGUGAAAUUUCACACCAAAUCCGCGAAAUCUAUGGGGAAUCUCAAGAAAAAUCACAAGAAUAUUUGAAAUCCCAAAUUUUGCGACCAAUUUUCACGGAUUAUGUACAGAAAUUGGGAAGAAUGGAGGAGAAUUCGGCGAAAUUCGAGGAAUUUUUGGAGCGAAUCGCGUUGGGCGGACAAAUGUUGCUCAUAUUAGAAGAAUAUCAAGAGCAGAUUGGUUUUAGCAAUGAAAAUGAGGUGAAAAUGGCGAGAAAAUGGAUGGGUGAACGGGUGAAAAUGGCGAUUCGAGCUAGCCAUCGAUUUGUUACCGAUAAAAUGCCGAAUCAUGGGGUAGGUCUGAUUUUGGCGCGUUUUUUGACACCAAAUAGGCCUAGAAACCAUGUGGCCGAGGUUUUGCAAAAGUUAGGCCACCAUUUUUAUUCAGCGCAAAAUUUUGAAAAUUCGAAUUUUCUGUCGGAAAAUUUUUAAAAUUUGCAAUUUGUCCCCUGAAAAACCACGUGGCCGAGGUUUUGCAAAAGUUAGGCCACGCUAUUUUUUGUUAGGAAAUUUUAAAACCUGCAAUUUUGCGCCGGGAAAACCACGUGGCCGAGGUUUUGCAAAAGUUAGGCCACCAUUUUUAUUCAGAGCGAAAUUUUGAAAAUUCAAAUUUUCUGUCAGAAAAUUCAAAAACUGCAAUUUGGCGCCUCGAAAACCACGUGGCCGAGAUUUUGCGAAAGUUAGGCCACCAUUUUAUUCAGCGCGAAAUUUUGAAAUUCAAAUUUUCUGUGAGAAAAUUCAAAACCUGCAAUUUGGCCCCUGAAAAACCACGUGGCCGAGGUUUUGAAAAAGUUAGGCCACCAUUUUAUUCAGCGCGAAAUUUUGAAGUUUUAAAUAAAUUUUUAAAACCUGCAAUUUUGCGCCUGGAAAACCACGUGGCCGAGGUUUUGCAAAAGUUAGGCCACCAUUUUUAUUCCGCGCGAAAUUUUGAAAAUUCAAAUUUUCUGUCAGAAAAUUCAAAAACUGCAAUUUGGCGCCUAGAAACCACGUGGCCGGGGUUUUGCAAAAGUUAGGCCACGUUCUUUGUUUGCGCGGAAUUUUGAAAAUUCAAAUUUUUUAUCAGAACAUUUUUAAAAUUGAUAUUUUCCGCCGGGAAAACCACGUGGCCGAGGUUUUGCAAAAGUUAGGCCACGCUCAUCAUAUUUGGUGUCAAAAUGCUCCAAAUUUCACCCGCCAAAAUCUACAGUAACCCAAAUUCUUUGCAGAGCGAAGUAUAUCACGAAGAAAUGGAUAAUUUCCCAAAAUCCGCCCUUCCAACACCUCAAGAUUUCGUAGUUACAGCAACUCAAAACCUAUUGCAUUUAUUGAGAUUCUGGGAGGAAACACUGGCAAAUGAAACGGCGAAAAUGGCGAUUUCCGAAUAUUUCAAGCAAAAAUCUGAAAAUCCCGCGGAAAAUCGGAGUUCGGCUGAAAAUCUGGAAGAUGAGGUGCUGUUUUCAGCGAUUUUGGACAAAAUUGCCGCGUUUGUUGUGAAGAAAUUGUUGCAAUCGAUAAAUGAUGUGUGGAAGAGCAAAGAGCAACCUGGGAAGAAAUUGAGCAAGAAUUUGAUGAAGGAAUUUUUGUGCGAUGCUGGUAGGUGGAUUUUGGGAAUCCUGGGAAAAAUUGCCAUUUUUUGAUACUAAAUAUGGCGGGGUUUUGGCGAAGAUUUGAAUUUUCGCGCCAUUUUUAAGGUACUGUAGUUUUUGGCGCCAAAAAUUUGCGAUUUUUUGACACCAAACAUGACUGGUUUUGGUGAAAAUUUUGAAUUUUCAAUUUUGCCGCUAUUUUUAAGGUACUGUAGUUUUUGGCGCCAAAAAAUGCCCAUUUCCUUGCAGAAUAUCUUCGUGAUGCUCUUAUUGAUCUUCGUGCUGGAACUCAUGAAAAUCUCGAUUCGACAAUCGAAAAACUUCGAGAACAAAUCAAAAAUAUGUAG